AUGGUAAAUGCGUUGGAAUGUAGGUCUGAAUUUAAUCAUCUCAAUUGCUCAAACCCAUGUCGAUUUCCAAGCUAUGGUUUUGAAUGUCGAAACAAGUGCAACUGUAGUGAACAGAUAUGUAGCAAUAUAUUGGGAUGCAACAUAAAUUAUGUCAGAAAAAAAGAAAAAGAAUCGGCUGAAAAGGUUUGCAAUAUUGGUUAUCAUGGGCCCGAUUGUUUAAAGCCAUGCCGAUAUCCUAACUUUGGCCCAUUAUGUCAAAACAAGUGUGAUUGCAACGAGACAAUCUGUAGCAAUGUAAGAGGAUGCAUCUUGGAUAUUUCCACCAAAUUUGUAACAGAAUUGGAACAUUUAGCUAAAGACCUUGAAAAUUCUUCGGUGGAUUCUUCAAUGGAAUCGUCGGGAGAUAUUAAUAUUGGAAUAUUGACAACAAUUAUAACUGCAUCUCUUAUUGUCAUCAUGGUUGUGACUCAAUUAAUAAGAAAGCAAUGUGGUCGAAGAACGCCUUCUUUUGAAACCAGCUACAACACUUAUCAUAUAUGAUCAUCAUACGACGACCUCCUUUGGAAUCAUAUAUAACUGUAACUACAAACAUUAACAAAUAGCUUGUUAAU